AUGGGACAAUCACAGGGCGCGGAGAACAGUGAAGUAGCUCUUUCUCAGAUUCAAGAGAUGUACAAGAAGUUUGCAAGUGAGUGCCCAAGUGGAAACCUGCACCUGCAUGAAUUCAAACGGCUCUUCGGGAUCACGUGUGACUCAUCUGUUGAAGAAUCUGCCUACAUGGAGAAUUUGUUUAGAUCAUUCGAUGCUAAUCAUGAUAACAUGAUAGACUUUAUAGAGUAUGUGGCUGCACUGCAUCUGGUCCUUCGUGGCAAGCUUGAGGAUAAACUGAAGUGGUCUUUCAAAGUUUAUGACAGGGAUGGAAAUGGACGACUGGACAGAGAAGAGGUAGCACAUGUAAUUGAGAUAAUCUACAAAUUAAGAAAAUAUGAGAACCCUUCAGACCCUGAAGAACUCAAUCCAGAUCAGAUAAGUGACAGGAUCUUUGAGCUUGUUGAUCUAAAUCAUGAUGGUCAGAUUUCAUUGGAGGAGUUUAUAGAAGGAGCAGAGAGAGACACGUGGGUGAUGGAGCAGCUUAGGCUUGACCUACGGCCCACUCGCUGGUUCAUCAAACACCAGAAUAAAAAUUACUGA